AUGGCAUUUUAUCAAGCAUACACAAUUUUUAGGUCAUUAGCAUUUAAAACACAAUACUUUUCAAGAAUUUCUGCAAGACCAAUCGCCCACUACAGCACUUUAAGUAAUGCAGCUUCAGAGCGUGAAAAAAUGUUUAUUCUCUACGAAUUAGUCAGAAAAAUAAAGGAAUCCAAAAACAUAAUAUCUGAUAUUGAACAAUUCAGGAAAAUCGCUGAAUCAAAUCUAGAAACUAUCUCGCAUGAUAACGCAGUGGAAAUUACUUUUUUAAUCCACAAAAAUUACAAUUCAUACGAAAAUAUCAUGAAAAAGCUUCUGAACGAUUUAGAAGAAAUUUUAGCCAAAAAACUUAUAGACUACCCAUCAGAUUCAGUAUCUGCCAUCAUUAGAAAUUACUGUGAAGCAAUAUUAAGAGGCUACAAAUUAUCAAAUAAGAACUUUGCUGAAACUAUGCUAAAAUUUCUCAAUAUGUCUCAUAGGGAUGAAAAAUUCCCAAAUAUCCUUUCUACACUUUCUUCAAUUUUUGACGAGUUUUCACGGUUAGGCGUUGAUUAUAAAACACCAUUUAGGAUGCUUGAAGGCUCUAUCACGCCUAAUCUCUUUGAAAAAAAAAGUUUAACUCACCCCCUCCGUGAGUGAACAAAAAAAUUUUGUUACUCACGGAGGGGGGUUAAUUUUUUUUUUUAAAAACAAAUAUAUAUAAAUUUUAUAAAAAAAUUUUUUUUUCAAAAUUUUAAAAAAAUCCUAAUUUGCAAAAAUUGGAAAGCAAAUAUUAAUUUAAUUUAUAAAAUUUAUGUUUUAAAACGCAAUUUGUUUAAAAUUAAACAGAAUUAGCUCGCAAUUUCAUUAUACUAAUUAUCACAUAUAUAUCAAUUUUUUUUUCAUAAAAAACUUUUUCUAUUAAAAAACAUUUUUGUUCACUCAUGGGGUGUGUUUUUUGUGCAAAAAAUAAGGAUUUUUCUAAUGAUUUUGUUCUCUCACGGAGGGGGGGAGUAAGUGAAGUCAAUUAUAUUUUGGUAGCUUUCAAAAAUUAUUAUGGAAAACAGCUAAAAAUUGGUUACAGAAUUAAAAAUCGAUUGCCUUUCUUUGAAAACUGUGAAAAUAUUAUAAAAAAAUUGUCUAGUUCUGCAGAAAGCGUCAAUGAUGUAUAUUGAACACUUUUUAAUUAUAUUUCGCUAAACACAGGAAGUGAAGAUUUUUUACGGCAUUUAGAAGGCAUUCUAGUUGACAAGUUUAGUGAGUUAUCUGAUGAAAAUUUCAAAGGUUUUCCUUUUUUAUAUAAAGGGAGGUAUGCAUUUGACCAAAGAUACAUAAUGAAUUUUCUUUUUAAAGGUUUUUAUGAAGAAUUUUUGAGGAGAUUUAAAAAAAUGAGCAUCAAUGAUAUUUCUAUUACAGUCUACAGACUGUGAUGGUCAAAUAACCAGUAUGGAAUUUAUUGUGAUUCGAGGCUAAGUAUUAUAAAAUAUGGAGUCGCUCGAAUUUUCUGGUCCUCGACAGAAAGUCCAUCUCUUGCAUAUUUUAAUUAUGAGAUUUGGCUUCCCUUGCGAAUUUAUCCCAAGCAAGAAUAGGCAGUUUUUCUACUAAAGGACUUCUGACUUUAGGAAUCGAAUUUUCCAGAAGAGGACCAUCUAACCCUGACGGCAAGGGCUAGGAUUUCAGGGCAUGCAGGCAGCCUGAGCUCAAGAAGAGUCGUCAAAGCCCAAACUUCAAGAGACUGGCGUCCUCAUCGUGAAACGAAGUCAAGGCGACCACACUUUGGUGGACCGGGGGAAAAUGGCGUGAAUUCGCCCCAGGGCGGCAUUGGAAGCAGCAGUGGUAGCAUGAAACUUGGUAGUGGACGUUAAACGAAUAAUAAAUCUAAUUGAACUGAAUUGAUUCAAGACUAAAUUAUCUGCUUAAAGAGCUUAUUAUAGCCCGAGUACCUUUUUGGUUGGGCUUCCGAUCUUUUCCGACAGGAAAGAGGGGAGUUGGUUUAACCAGCUUAUGUUGGUUUGGCAGACUCCCCAAUUGUUUGCAGAACUACAUGAAUGAGGGGUUUUAGCCAUUGGAGAUUGGCCAAACCAACAUUAUUUGAUUAGACCAACCCUCUUUUCCCUCAGGAAAGAUCAGAAAGCCCAAGCCAUAAUGGUGUUCAGCCAUAAUGAUCGCUUAUUGAUAGAUUCUCUUGAAGAAGACUUGAGAUACAAACUUGCUACUAAUAUUUUAGAAUAUUUUACCCAUGCUGCUGUUAUGGAUAAUGAGGAAAUUUUGUCACGUAUUAGCGAAAUAUUGCUCUCUCAUGAAAAUCCGUCUCUCAAUUUCCUUUUGCCAGCUGCAUCUUCUAUGGCAAAACAUUAUAACGUCCCAGAAGAAUUUUGAACAAAAUUUAUACCCAGAAUAAAAGAAAUUUUGGAGGUAAAUUCGUAUAAAUAUAAUACUUAUUUAUAUAGGAUUUAUAUGAACACAAAGCUACAUGAUGAUCCUAUUUUAAAUCAAUUGGAAAAUGCAAUUAAUCCUCAUUUGGGCAGGAUUUCUAUUGAUUAUAACAGAGGGAAAUUAAGGAAAGAAGAAUUUAAUCAUAGUUAUAUGCAAAGAGUAGUCGAGGAUUACUUAAAAAGACACCAGAUUAGAUUAAAUUAUGCUGCAUAUUUAAAGUUCGCUGCUUCUACGGAAUGGCAUUCGGUGCGGCUUGAGCUGCCUGAUGGAGGAAGCGAAUUGGGUGGCUUCCAUCGCUGGUAAUUCCAAGCCCAGGCAAGCCUCUGGCUACUCACUAGUGGCUGCCCUUUUGGGUCGAAACAUAUGCAGGACUCGCUAUUUCCAACUUGUUUCAUUCCCCCAUCUAAUUACUUCACCCAGCCCAUCAUUUCAUAGCCUAAUUGUUGGGAGGCCCUUAAAUGGAGGAACCGCCUUGAUAAGUGAUGUUUUAGUUCCUCUUUUCCAAGUUAUCCCUCAGCCACUUCCAUGAUUCGGGUAAACCACUGCAGCAACUUGAUCAACGAAAUCGCCCUGCUCCAUUUCGGUAGCCUGCUGCCUGGGUGCUGCUGGCAAAAAGAAGUCCAAGUAACUGCCCAUUGGAUCAGGCCACAAAUCAUGGGAAUUUGUGACUAAGUCCUUCUCUGCAGGAUAACAGAUAUUGCUGGACUCCCAACCCAAAAUACCAUGCCCGGCAUAUAUAGGUAGCCAUCAUUCGAGAGGACGGUUCGGACGUAAUAAGCUAUUUUACAUCUAUAAAAAGACACCAAAUAAAAUAUGAAAAAGAAUUUUACGAUGAUUAUUAUAUAGAUUUAGCUAUACCAUCAAUGAAAAUCGCCAUAGAAAUUCAAGGCCCCUCGCAUUAUUUGUUUCCAGCUAACACACUAAAUGGAAAAACUAUAAAUAAGAUAAGAAAUUUAGAAAGAAAAGGGUGGAGGGUUUGCUGUAUUCCUUAUUAUCAAAAUAGGCCACCAAUGAUUGAAAGAAUUCUUAAUUACGCAAUAGAUCGAAAGCGUCCUAUUAAAUAUUAA